AUGAGGCCAUCGUGGUCUAUCAUCAGAGUUAUUAUUGCGUUUACAACAUGCGCUGCAGAUGCCCUCGUUGCGGCAACACACACUUGCCCUCGGCCCAUGUGUUCAUGGUGCAUGGCUCCAGAAGAGGUGCAUGCUGUAGGUAUAGGAUUUGACCUAUCCGCAUCUUACGGAACGGCCGUUAUUCGAUACCACAAUGGCUCCUCUGUCAAUGUGGCCAAGAUUGACGCUUCCAUGGAGUACCGAUCUCUGAUGGAACAACUUUCAGAGAACGGCCGGCAGAGAGCACUCCCUGGCCGCUCUGACUCUGGAUGGGACGAACCAGGCCAUCUCGGGGACUCAUCGCAGCGGCGGCUCCAAGCAGCGUUGCCCGACCUCGAUAUUAGCGCCCUCUCCUCGCUCAUUUCUCAACUGAAAGCUGAAACCGAGAGACUGUUAGGCCACUCUAUCCAUUCCGUGGCCAUCUCAUCUCCAGGCUACAUCCAAUUAUCGGAGGCGGAGAUCGCCCAGGCAAUCGAGCACCUGGGACUGAAAAACAUCGCCAGCGAUUACGACCUGGCAGUAACCUCCUCGGAAUACGCAGGCUACUCAUUCGGCAUAUUCACCAUCCCUACGACCGUGGAUCCUUGCGAACAGACUCCAAGGCAACAAACGGAGCCCGAAACCGUUUUGCACCUUGACUACACAGAAGCCGCUCUCAGCGGAUCAACCAGCAGCAGCACCCCGCAAGAUACGAUUCCGCGUCGCCGCACCGAUGGCGUGUUCGCCGACUGGAACUUAGGCCUAUCGAAGCGACCCCGAUUCAUUGAGGAGGAGGCGUACUGGGAUCUCCUCUGGCGUCGCAUUCGAACCGAGACCGAGAAAUCCGAGAGAAAACUCACCGGGGUCAUUAUGACUGGCGACGCAAUCUUCAGUGGCUCUAGAUUUCUUGAGGUUGCUCUGGAUGCUCUGCGCGGGCUCGUAGAGCCAUCCGCCGUUCUGCAGGCGCCGGAGCAUACUCCAGAUCUUGUAUUCGCGGCAGCGAGGGGCGCAGCGGAGUUUGCGAAGAGAACGCAAGAGCGCCCUAGGGACUGUGUUGAGAGCGAAAGGUGUCGGAGUUUGAGGGGGUAG